AGAGACGACACGAGAUACAUGUCCAGACUUACAUGGAGGAUUAGCGCCUGAAAAUAACAGAAUGUGGACAGGUUCGCCCAGAGUUUCUCCACUCGCUCAUCUGCUCCUGGUCACUGCGCUGGGGGUGUCCGUCGUUGUGGCGAAACUGCACACUUUUCGUGGUUGCGCCGUGCGCGACUUCUCCUUCAUGGCGCACAAGCCUGGCUGCAGGGGACUGCGCAUACAGACAGAAGCGUGCUGGGGAAGAUGCCACACCUGGGAGAAGCCUCUGCCGGAGCAUCCUUACAUCCAGCGCCAUCACCGAGUAUGCACCUACAGCCGCAUGCGCCACCUGACAGCCAGACUCCCUGGCUGCCAGCCCAAUGUCUCGCCUCUCUACCACUACCCACACGCGCUGCAGUGUGACUGCUCCGUCUGCUCCUCGCUCCACACCGAGUGCCAGACCUUCUGAGAGGACACAGGCAGGGAUGUGACGAUGACAUCUGCGGAAUACGGGAGAUAGGAGACUACGAACUCUUAGGCUAAACAUUACAAUAGCCACAUGAUAUUGUUACAUACGCACAUUUUGAAGUUCACCCCAAGUACACAGAUAUGAACAUUUUUUUUUAUUAUUAGGCCUAUUAUUAUUAUUGGCGCAAACUAAUGCUCAACAUUUUGUCAUAAUGAUGUCUACAA